UGAUCUAAAACUACUAGUCGCCCUGUAAAGUCAGCAGCAUAGUGUUGGGACCAGGAAGGGGCCUUCGGUGUUUUGCAGGUUGUUAACUUUAUAAACAAGCCACUCUUUGCUCAUUUACUCAAAUAAUCCACUCAGCAACAGACACCAGUUAUCGACCGUUAGGUCAGCUCUUGUUUCAUCUAUUUUCUGAACCAGCAGCACUGGAUCCACCAUGGAGCCUAUUAUGCAUCAGGUUUGGCCAAGAGUCUUCCAGCGUCUCCACAGAACCCUGAUUCUUCCAAAGAGGAACCAUUCAGGCUGCGCUGAGCACACCGCCGUUCCUGCCUCCACUCACUCCCGACACAUCAGACCCACACUCCUGGUGUCACGUCUCUACCAGCCAUCAAACCUGCGCGAUGUGGGGCAGGACACACGGCUGCAGGGAGAGAUGACCUGUAAGAGCCAGAGGCUCAUGCUGCAGGCUGGGCUUAUCCAUCCGUCCAACCCAGGGUGUUACUACUACCUCCCUGCCACUGUCCGCUCCAUGGAGAAGCUGGUGAGAGUGAUUGAUCAGGAGAUGCAAGGGAUCGGUGGGCAGAAGCUGGACAUGCCCAGUUUGUGCACGGCUGAUCUCUGGAAAACCAGUGAGCGAUGGGACUUGAUGGGAAAGGAGCUGCUUCGUCUGAAAGACCGCCAUGGAGUCGACUACUGUCUGGGUCCCACGCAUGAGGAGGCAGUGACGACUCUGGUUGCUCACCAGGCGAAUCUCUCCUACAGGCAUUUCCCUCUGCUUCUUUAUCAGAUCACCCGCAAAUUCAGGGAUGAGCCAAAGCCAAAGUUUGGUCUCCUUCGAGGGAGGGAGUUCUACAUGAAGGACAUGUACUCAUUUGAUGUGAGUGAAGAAGCUGCUUACCAGACCUAUGAAUCUGUGUGCCAAGCAUAUACCCGUCUCUUUGCCAGACUGGGCUUGCAUUGUGUUCAGGUGCAGGCAGACACAGGAAAUAUCGGUGGUAAGCUCUCCCAUGAGUUCCAGCUGCCAGCAGACAUCGGCGAGGACCGGCUUCUACUCUGUGGGAACUGUCCCUUCUCUGCUAACGUCGAGACCUUGUCAUCAGACAGAACAGACUGUCCACAGUGUAAAACUGGCACACUGGUAGAGUCAAAGGGUAUAGAGGUUGGCCACACCUUUUACCUGGGGAAAAAGUACUCUAAAGUAUUCAAUGCUACCUUCACCAAUGCUCAGAACAAGCUUAGUAUUGCUGAAAUGGGCUGCUAUGGUCUUGGAGUAACCCGUAUUCUUGCUGCAGCCAUCGAGGUGAUGUCAACAGAGGAGGAGAUCCGCUGGCCAGGGCUUCUCGCCCCUUACCAGGUUUGUGUUUUACCACCAAAGAAGGGCAGUAAAAUGGAUGAGGUAGCAGUCUUAGCUGAGGACCUGGUUCACAUAUUGGGAGAAGCUCUGCCUCGUUUGAGAGGUGAAGUGGUUCUUGAUGACCGUACACAUAUGACCAUCGGAAAGAGGCUGAAGGAUGCCAGUAGACUGGGCUACCCGUAUGUUAUUGUAGUAGGGCAGAGUGCUUCAGAGGAAACACCCAGGUUUGAGGUGAUCUGUCAGCGGACAGGGGAGACGAUGUUUCUCAGUAGAGAUGGACUGUUAGAUCUACUUGGAGGAGUGGAAAUUGUAUGAAUCACAACUCUGAAUGUGGAAAUAAAUGUUUUUAUUUUAUGUUUGUGUGUAAUGUGUAGUAAGCAAAAUGUCUAUGAUGCAGUUGGUGAGGUGGUGGGGAAAAAAAUGAAAACUGUUGUCUUAUGUCAGUAUGGGAACUGGAAGGUUUUUGUUUUCUUUUUUUAGUUCUAUGUUUUGUUUUACAGUGUUAAACCUGUAAUUUAUGUACUUGUUGACAUUACUAAUUGGAUUGCAUUUAUUGUCACAACAAAAGCUCAGUAAUGAACCUUAGGAUAUGAAACUGCAUUUGGUUGCUGUGAUGUAAGGAUAUCACAUUUUUUUUUAUUUUUGUGGCCUCUCAUGUUCCCAUGCCAAUAAAAACAUGAGCCCAGAGGAAAACAGAAAAAAUGA